AUGCUGCUGAUUACGCACCGCCCCAUUGACAUCAGUUCUCCACCUCCCAAGGAAACCAAAAGUGAAAUCACAGGGCAGAGAGGAGACGAGGCUAGAAGAAACUCACUUGGCCGUCGGGACGCUAUGGAGAUGCCCCCGCUGUUUGAGGAACCAAACCCUGGGGACCUGAUAGAGAUUUCUCGCUUUGGAUACCAGCACUGGGCCCUCUAUGUAGGAAAUGGUUACGUCAUCCACCUGGCCCCCCCCAGUGAGUAUGCAGGAGCUGGCUCCUCCAGCAUCAUGUCCGUGCUGACCGACCGAGCCGUGGUGAAGAAGGACCGUCUCUGGGACGUUGCUGGUGGUGACCGGUACCGAGUCAACAACAAGUAUGAUGGGAGGUGCUCGCCGCUGCCUGUCAGCAAGAUCCUCAUGGAGGCCGAGUCUCUGGUGGGCCAAGAGAUGCUGUACAGCGUCACCAGUGAGAACUGCGAGCACUUUGUCACCAAGCUGCGCUAUGGCCAGCCCAUGUGCGACCAGGUCAGGGACACCAUGCUGACUGUGGGGUUCGCAGGGCUGGGCCUGGCUACUCUGGGGAUCAUUGGAGCCAUGGUCACAAGGUCCAGGCGUCAGAACCAAUAGCACAGACUCCCCUGUGGGCCCAAGGCCUGGAGCCUCUGCAGCAGGGGCCCUCGGAGCGGGCUCCUCGUGGGGAGCAAGCUGGACUUGUCAGCAUCUUCCUGUCGUUUGUAUGUCAUCAGGUUUUCUGGACUAGACGUCUCAUUUAAAAUAAACUAAUCUA